AUGGACGCGGAUGAACCCCAGGGGACGCUCGGCACAUAUGGCCUGGACAUGGUGAUUGAGCCUUUUCGGAAGACCACUCUAGCCGUCGAGGGAAAUGUUUCCCUCUCGAGAAGGUAUGUGUGGCAGCUGCAACACGGGAGUAACCAUGGAGUGACCGCAAAAGACGCCGGCGACGCGUGGGCCUAUACCGGCGGCCCUCAGGCCACGGUGACUUUGGACAGCCCGGGAACGGUGUACGUCCUGACCGUUCGCGAGGUGUCCGAGGACGGCCAAGUCGUCGCGGAAGCACGAGUCGAGGCGUCCUGCAAGUAUGUCAGGAGGUUUCCCCUCGGGGCGUGCGUGCAAUAUCUUCGCGUCUGGCGGCCCUUCGCCUCCGGCCAACCUUUAACAAGGCCUCAGCAUGUACCUCCCCUCCUCCUUGUGUCCUGUGACAGACGCGAGAUCCGCGAACUGACGGAUAGGGACAGGGAGGCGUUUUUUGACGCCAUGCAGACCUGGUACACCAUUCCGAACUCCGUGGGCAAGACCACUUACGGGCCCGACUUCAGCAACUACAUGCCCGUCACUGCUAUCCACGGCACCGAAGUUCAAAACUUCUGCUACCACCAAGGUAUGCAGUUCCUGACCAGUCACGCGGCGUUCGACCUCACCAUGGAGCGCUACCUCCAGAUGAUCGACCCGACGGUUUCCCUUCCCGUGUGGGACUACAUGAUCGACUCGGCAUGGCUGGGGCUCGAGUGGUACGAAAGCGAAAUUUUCCAGCCCGACUGGUUUGGGUCCGCGAUGAGCGAUGUGGAGAACCAUUUCAUGGUCACGGGCGGCCGUUUCGGCAACGUAUCCGCGAUCUACGACCCCGAAGACACCCUCACAGACAGCAGGGUUAAGCCCACCCACAACCCGUACGGGUAUGUUUCUUCCCCUCACAACUACCAGGAUCUCCCGAGGUUGACCCGCACGAGCUCGUACUGUGGCCUGCAAUCCCGCGACACCCUCGCCACGUUGGACGCUUUCUUGGGUUGUUUCGAGGAGAGCAGGUCGUUCUACGACUGGGAGUACUGCAUGCAGUACAAGAUUCACGGGGAUAUCCACGGUCUUCUCGGCGGCGCGUUCGACUGCAACACGGACAUGGCCGAUUUCUCGGCGGAGCACCCAGAGUACUCCCACGGCCUGCUCGCCUUCACCCUGCAGAUCCUCACCUUCAAGUUCACGGCCUGGAACAUCCUCACGCCUGACGACAACACCUGCGAUGCGAAGUGCAUGAAGGGGCAGACGGAGCCGUGCGGAUGCACGUGCCUGAUCGACGCCUUCGCUAUCCCCGACCAGCAGGUUUACGGUUACAUGGAGGCUUUCAUGGACGCGGCCAUGACCGACUUUAGCGGCUACCAGUACAUCACCCACGACGAGGAAGCUGCAUACCCCUACGGCUUUAUUCAGGAUGGCCAACGAAUGAGUGACGAACACGCGAUGUUCUUGAUGAGAACACUGGUCAAGAUCGGAUGCGAGCCCGGAGCGGUGGGCACGAUGUCGUCGACGGCUAGCCCGGUGGACCCGCUAUUCUGGGUCUUGCAUCCUCUGUUCGAUAAGGCGAUGCACAUCUUGUUGCUCUCUCCCAAAUACGACGAGUACACGAUGGAGUGGGUCGAUGGAGAGUGCCCAGGUAGCGGCUACACGGACGAGCUCCCGAUCACGGAGAGGUCGCUCGGCCUGGGUCCGGGAACGGACUACCUCACGAACGAGCAGCUGCUGGAGCUGUUGUACCCCUCGAAUCCCGCGCUGCCCUACGUCUACACCGACCUCCCGAGAUGGGGCGACAAGGAUACCGAGCUGGUCUAGCCACCUACCUACCUCAUCAACAAAGCGCUGCGCCCGGACUGCACAGUACAUAUUUUAGGCAACAUAGCACGAGGCCUGGUGCGGGUUUCAUUUCGACGCACAUUUUCCAAAUUUGGAGGCCGGAUGAGGUAUAUAGGAACCGGUCAGGAAGGUCGAAGCAUAUUUUUCACGCUUCGGCGGCAUC